GCGGAGUGUUUGGGCUAAACCCGAUCGGGACUGCGACCCCGGCCUCCGUAGCGCAUCUCCAACAUGGCAGCAUCAUAAAGGGACAAAAAGGGCCUGGAGCUCAUAGAAAACAGUACCAAGUUCUUCCUUGCUGCCAGAUACCGUGGCAGACCAGCUGCUUGGCCUAGGAGUCUGUCCUUUGCCAAGCAUGCCGGUAUGACUUCGCUUUCUUUCCUUCUCCGCAUCCUUUUGGCGGCGCUGUUCUGUUCAAUAUCCGCGGCGUCAGAUUACCAUGAACGGCUCGAGCUUACGCCUCUUCCCUCCUCGUCGCUGCUAGCCUCAUUUAAUUUCAGAAGCAAUGCAUCACUCGAAUCGUUCAAGCAACAAAAUUUUCGAUAUUUCCCGCGCUCGUUAGGUCAGAUCCUGCAGCAUGCGAACGCUGAAGAGCUCCAUCUUCGCUUUACAACGGGUCGCUGGGACGCGGAGAGCUGGGGCACAAGGCCGUGGAAUGGCGUGAAGGAAGGAGCAACUGGAGUGGAAAUAUGGGCAUGGAUAGAUGCUCCGACAGAGGAGAAGGCCUUCGCGAAAUGGAUUACGUUGACUCAGUCCUUGUCCGGUUUGUUCUGCGCGUCAUUGAACUUCAUUGAUUCUACACGUACAACUCGACCCGUUGUCUCUUUCGAGCAGGCCGGUGAUCAUAAAUCCUCCAGCCAGCUUCACCUCUUACACGGGGUGCUCCCCGGAGAGGUAGUAUGUACGGAGAACCUUACACCGUUCCUAAAGCUGCUCCCAUGUAAGGGCAAAGCAGGUGUAUCGAGUUUGCUCGAUGGACACAAACUAUUCGAUGCGUCAUGGCAGAGCAUGUCUAUCGACGUGCGACCCGUCUGUCCAAAGGAUCAAAGCGAGUGUCUCAUCGAGAUUGAGCAGACCGUUGACAUGGUUCUUGACAUUGAUAGAUCGAAGCGACCACGAGACAAUCCGAUUCCUCGUCCGGUCCCUGUGGAACAGCUUGCCUGCGAUCCUUCCAAGCAGUACAAUUCUCAAGAUACAUGUUACCCGCUGGAAAAGGGUACGGAAAAGGGUUGGAGUCUGACUGAAAUAUUUGGUCGAAAUGUGAAGGGUGCUUGCCCUCUCACAGACGAUUCGGGUCCCGGUUCAAAGACGAUUCGCAUCAACGCACCGCAUGAGAGGGAGGUUUAUAUCACCGCAGGGGCAUUUGAAUCAAGGGACCCCGAAGGGUUUUCUCGGAGUUAUACCUUGCUUAGCUCCAAUCCUUUCGACCUAGUUCUUCCAGAACAAGAACUUCAGACCAAGAUGCCGCUGGAACAACCUCGUCUGCACGUGGAAAGGACGAUAAUCGGCCACGGCCAGGAGCGUGGCGGUAUGCGGACCAUCUUGACCAAUCCGUCCGAAACAGAGACCGUGGAUUUCAUUUAUUUCGAAAGCCUUCCCUGGUUUAUGCGCCCCUAUCUGCACACACUCCAGGCGAAGAUUGCAGGGAAAGAUGGCAUUCAAAGACAUGUUCCAGUCUCUGAGAUCGUCAAGGAUAUCUUCUACCGACCCGCCGUUGACAGAGAAAGAGGCACUCAGCUAGAGCUCGCUUUAAGUGUUCCCGCCGCUUCGACUGUCACUUUGAUCUACGACUUUGAAAAGGCAAUUCUUCGAUAUACUGAGUAUCCGCCAGAUGCCAAUCGUGGCUUCAACGUUGCCCCAGCGGUGAUUAAGCUCAAGGACAAUUCUACCGGAUCGCCAGUAUAUAUCCGCACGACUAGCCUCCUUCUUCCUCUGCCUACCCCUGAUUUCAGCAUGCCCUAUAAUGUCAUCAUUCUUACAAGUACAGUUAUGGCCCUCGCAUUUGGAAGCAUAUUCAACUUGUUGGUUCGUCGCUUCGUGGCACUAGACGAGGUGGCUGCACUCACUUCAGGUACACUGAAGUCGAGGCUUCGCGGGAAGAUUAUUGCUCUCAAAGAUAAACUGAGCGGAAAGGCUGUCAAGGUGGAAUAAAUAAUACGGUCUACAAAGGCCCCAUACGCUAAGACAUUCUAGAUGUACAAUACUUGAAAUCCCAAUUAAAUGUUUUAA